AUGACAGGCGACCAUCUUCUACCUGCCCCGCUCUCCCCGCAAGAGUGGGACGCACUGUUUACUAUGGCUAGCCCAGAAACAAUAGUAGACUGGCCAGCCAAGUCUAAGCCGCAGCGUAACGCUCAGACUCUGCCUACGCCACCCUCAUCGGAUGAGGGCGACGAAGAUGAAGACAAGAACACGGUCGUCUCCAUCUCUGCCGCCUUUCAUCCAGGGGCCCAGCUCGACUCCGCGCCUCCUGACAUGAUCCUUGUCUCGACCGACUCGGUCUGGUUCUCCGUCCACACACACAGGCUCGCGCUCUCGAACAACGACUUCAAUGGGGUUUUGCACACGCCGGGCAACCCGGAAAAUCCACCAACGAUCACUGUUCCCGAGUCGUCUGCUGAGCUCAACGUCCUCCUGCAUUGCUUGUACAACAUGUCCGCCGCACAGUACUCGCCUAGUCCAUCCCACGUAGCGGCGGCUCUCGACGCUAUGUUCAAAUAUGGCCUUAAUCCCGCCAUAUUCACCACCGCGCAUUCCCCCCUCUUCACGCUCAUCCUCCGUAUGGCAGCCGCGGAACCAUUUGAAUGUUUCGCCUUGGCUGCCGAACGCAACCUGCACGACAUCGUUACAGGAAUAUCCGCCUAUCUUCUUUCUUGCCACCUGGCGGAUAUCACGGAUGAGCAGGCGGUACGCAUAGGUCCAUUGUACCUGAAACGCCUAUUCUUCCUUCAUCUUGGCCGUCUGGAGGCUCUCAAGCGUAUUCUGCUACCACCGCCCAUGUCACACACCCCAUCCAUGACCUGCGACUUCGUUAACCAGAAACAGCUCACGCGCGCCUGGGCCUUGGCUACCGCUUACCUUGCAUGGGAGGCCAAACCCGAUAUCUCUACUUCAUCCAUCGAAGCAGCGCUUCGUCCCCUUGGCGAACAUAUCGGUUGUGAUCAGUGCCAGAACAUUCUACGAGAGCGGAUCAGCAACCUGGUCGUUCAGUGGUCUCUCGUGAAGCGCACUAUCUGA